AUGUUCAAAAAACUUAAGGACAAAAUCGCCGAGGAGGUCAAACAAUCCCCGCAACGGUUCGAGCAAAUAUCGAAAGGGUUGCAGGCUGCUGUUAGUUCUGCUUCUUCCACCACUUCUGAGGUCUCUGGUAGCGAAAAUUUCUUUAGCAUCACGGAAGAUGAUACUCCGCAAAAUUCUCCACUGAAAGGAAAUUCCGCUACGAGCACUCCCGUCCAGCCAACGAACACCCUGUCGAAUGCAUCCGGCAACAGUUCGGUGCUCUCGAAUACCAGCCUCAACAAUGGUAUCUCCCCUUCAACCACGGCCACAACUCCGGGUUCGGUAGCCGGAAACUCUUCAACCGGAUCCGCGACACAGCAGCCGCGCAACCGCCGGCUAUCGAAUUCGUCAAUGGCAAGCGACAUUUCGUUUCGUCUCCCGGCGUACGAUUCACCCGCAAUAUAUCACCUCGAAACGGAUGUGGACGUGUCGGCAAGUGAAACGGAAUCGGUCGCCGGUAGCGCCAACGCAAAUCAGCUCGAUCUCGUGAGCAAAGACAAAUUGUUCCAGGCAUACAAGAAGGCACUCGAUCGGUACCAGAAGUACCGAGAGCGUUACACGGAACUUGCCCGACGAUACCGGGAGCUCGAAAAGGAUAACACCAAGGCACGGGCGGUGCUGGUCGAAACGCAGGACAAGGCCCUUAGGCGGAUGAGUGAGCUGCGCGAGCAAUGCGUCCUGGAGCAGCAAGCAAAAGCGCACCUUGAUUCGGCCCUUCGGAUGGAGAUCGAUGAACUGCAGUGUGUGGUGAAAACCCUUCGCUCGAAGCUUGAAUUAGUGGGAGAGAAUGGAAACAUAAGUGGCGGAGAGAAGGAUCUAAUUUCACUUACCGGGGAAGACGGUACCAACGGAAACGACGUUCACGGGAUCCCGGUGCGGGAUACUGGUCCACUCGAAGAACGGAUAAAGGCUCUCGAGUCGAAGCUGAACGACGAGCUCCGGCAGAAGGCCGUUCUUAGCCUCGAAGUGAGCGAGCUGACGAAACGCGAAGAAGAACACACGAUCACGAUCGCGGAGAACAAGAUGGCUAUCCAUUCGGAGCUGGAAGCGAAGGAGGCCGAAGUACGCAAACUGAAGGAGCAGCUGACGAGCUUGGAGAAGAACAUGAAGCAAACGCUACUGGAGAAAGACGGGCUCGGAAAGGAGUUGUCCGAGGUUCGCAAAGUUGCCGGCAAGGUGAAGGAGCUCGAAAGCACGCUGAGCACGUGCAACGAGCAGAAAAACAAACUCGAGUCAAAGUUUAUCGACUUCGAGCGCACGAUUAUGGAGCUAGAAAAAGACAAGCAGCAGCUGAAAGCGACUGGACUAACGCUGGAUUACGAGAAGAGCGAAUUGCUGAAGAAAGCGACCGAACUAGAAGCAAAGUUUUCGGCAAUGGCGCAGGAGAAGGAUGGCUUGCUUGUGCAGGUCCAGGAUUUGCAAAAAACGGCGCAAUCCCUCGAUAAGCAGGACGAUUUAGAUGCGUUAAAACUGGAGCUAGAGGAUGCUAAAAAGCGCGAGGACAGCUCGAACGAGUACGUUGCCGAGAUCAAAAAACAGUUGCUCGAGAAAGAAACUCAGCUCUCCGAUGUGCAAUCGGCGCGCGACGAACUUGAGCGGAAAGUGCAGCAAACUGAGAGUCAGCUAGCAGGGCGUGAACGGGAAAUCGAACGGCUACAGCAGCAACAAUUGGCGGGUGAUGCAAAAGAACGCGAAGAAACGCGAGCUAAACAGUUGCAGGCAGAAGAAGAGAUUGCCGCUUUCCGCAAAACGCAAUCCCUCGAUCAGGAAAAGCUGCUCGAGCUGACGAAAGCGCUGGACGCUGCGAAGGAACUGCACGAUCGCGACAAAAAGAGCAACGAGGCCAGUUUGCAAGCCGUAUCGGUGCAGCUAGAACAAUUGGAAGAGCGGUACGAGAAGGUGAAUGGUAAGCAAAAGAAGCUAACGGAAGAGAAGGCCACACUCCGGGCGACGAACGAUGAACUGUCUAAGGAACUGAAACAGGUGCGGCAAGAAGUGAAACAACUCACUGGCCAGAAACAAACAUUAACGGAGGAAGUACGCAACUUGAAGAUCAUUAACGAGAACUCCGAAUCGGAAGCGCUUCGAUCACUGCAAGAGUCGAUGCGUGCCUCCAUGGCUGAGGCCGAAGCGAAGCUGCUUGAAACGACACGUGAUCUAAACCACGUGUUGGAACUAAAGUCAGAGGAAAAUCGGCGAUUAUCCGAAAAGCGGGACGAGCUCGUCGAUAAGCUGGAGAGCGCUCACAAGGAAAAGAGCGACCUCGAGGCGGAGGGUACCAGUCUCCGAUCGAAGAUCGAAACCAUCCGUGGGGAAAAACGUGACCUAGAAAAAACCCUUGAACGCGAGAUCCGCGAGAAGACGGAACUGAAGGCGCAGGUCACGAACAUUCUGCAGGAAAUCGGUCGUCUCGAGGAACAGCUAACAGACGUCAAGGAUGCACAUUCCAAGCUGCUGGAAGAAAAGCAGUCGCUAGAGGAGAAAAUCGAAAAGCUACAACGGGAACACUGUGAGGUGCGAGUGAAGCUCGAAAAGGACACGCUUGGUAAGCUCCAGGCGAAGUUGAAGGAGCACGAGACGAAGCUGCAACAGGUGGAGUGCGAGAAUUCGCAGCUUGCCGAAAAGAAUUGCCUACUGGAAGAGAGCAGUCGCCGAACAGCGGAAGAACUGAAAAAACUCACCGUAGCCCUACGUGAGGCGGAAGAUCGCUCUAAGUCGGAAUCGGAACGAAGCGGCCGCCUCGAAGAGCAGCUCAGUCAAUGUACCGGUGAUCACGCGCGUCUGUUCGACGAGAAAGAGCUGCUUGAUCACCAGCAUCGAUCGUUGCAGGAUGCGAUGGAAGCUCGAGAAAAGGAGAAGCUGUGCGUGCUUGACACCAAUAAAUGCCUCGAGGAAGAGCUGGCGAAGAUGCGUAGCGAGAACGACUACCUCAAGGGGAAGCACAGCGAGCUGAAGGUGCUGCUGGAGAGCGACAAGCGAAGACUGAUGGACCAAAACGAUGCGCUGCAGAAGCAGAUGGAGGAGCUGGCAAAGGAAAAGCAAUCGCUCGGACGUAACGCGACCGAUCUCGAGAAACGUCUCGCUAGCUAUGAGGAGGUGAAAAUCGAGAACGAGUAUCUGAACACCUUCACCAAGCAACUGCAGGGAGAAUUGCAGGAAGCCAAAGGCCGGCUAACAUCCAAGGACGCGGAGCUGGCAACGGUGCGCACGAAGCAGAGCCAAACUGAGGCGAUGCUGGAAGAACGUGAUCAAGAGAUUACGAAGCUGAUCAACGAGUUCGUGGCGAAGGAAAAGAAACAGGAAGCAGACCAUCGGCAGCGCGAGGAAAACCUCGAGCAGAGCCAUCGGACGGCUGCGGAGGAGCUUACAGAACGCAUCAGGAAAGAGUGUAAUGAGAAGUUUGCUGAUGAAAACCAAACAUUAUUAGCCAAACGGGAAGCUCUCGAGGAGCAACUGAAACAGGUGCGAGCAGAGAACAUCAUUUUGGAAGAGGAAAAGCUGCGACUGGAGAAAGAAAAAGAAGCGCGCGAUCAGGACGACGAAAAGCGCAAACAAGGCGCGCUUGAUGAAAGCAAACUCCGGCAGGAGGAGUUCGAACAGUUCCAGAAAGAGCUUCGGGCGGACAAGGAAAAGCUGGAAAAGGAUAACGAAGAGCUGCGUGUCCGGCUGGCAGAUUUUACGACCGAAACGGAGCAAACCGUGCGGCGUUUCGAAAUGGAAAUUGAGCAGCUGAAACGCGAUCCACCAUCUGCCGAUCCAGCCAGCGACCAGGAACCGGAUCAAGUCAGAUCGCUCGAACAGCAGCAGUCGUACGACGAGUUGCGUAAUAAAAAGGAAGAGCUGGAGAACAAAUUGAAGAAGAUCAUGCACGAGGUGCAGGACGUCUCCAACCGGAACCUGUUUCUGGAGCAGAAAUGCGAGAACUAUCUCAUCCUGGAGCAAUCGAACGAACGGCUGAAGCUAGCCAAUGAUAAGCUGUCGCGGCAGUUGGACGAAACGCUGGUAUCCAUGCAUCACAAUGAAGGAAUCGCCGCCAACACGGAAUUCGAGUACUUACGAAACAUUCUAUUCCAGUAUCUCAGUGGAAGCGUAACCGGCAACAACAGCACCCUGGUCAAAGUGAUAGCAGCCGUUCUGAAGUUUUCGCCCCAGCAGACGCAGGUGGUCAUAGAAAAGGAAGCCCAUCGGAGAUCAUUGAUGGGACAGAUAAACAACUUGCUAUAGCAGGAAAAGACGAUGGCUAUGCAGAAGCGGCAACAGCAGGAACAACACCAUCGAAAGGGCGGAUAUGGUUUUCAAUUUUUCUAAAAGAACUCGUACGACGAUACCCUAGUUAUUGAUUACCAUAAGUGACUCAAAGUAAAUGUUUUGUCGUACGAGUGAUUGUAUUUAUACCUCUACGCUAUAAUAUUAUUAUCAUGUUGCAUGUUUGCGUUUAGGAAACGGAUCUUCUAUCCUUUUUCCUGCUGUUAAAUACGGUUAGCUGGAGUUUUAGUUCAACGUUCAGUUCAUCCUUUUCCGUUCCUUUCGUUUGUACCGAUUCUGUAGACUGUGACGUUACCGUUGAAUUUUACUAACCCUUUCUCAUCCUGUGUUUAGUGCGGUGAUAAAUCGAAAGGCAUGUGAAAGCAGGAAGAUUUAGAUGAAAUUACAAGAACAAAAACACAACUAUUAAGCAUCAAUGCUCCAUUGAGCCCGACAGUCCAAACAGGACGGUGUGUUCAUUCGUCGAAUCGAUACGAUCGGCCACUUUUAAAAACAAUUCUCGCAUCAGCCAACAUACUACUGUAAUGUCUAUUUUACGUACUGUGAAACAUUUUUAACUGCUAGGAUGAUAACAUGCAACCGAUGAUUGAACACGAUGGGAAGAUGUAACCACCAUCUCUCCAUUUAGAAUCGUGCACCAGGCAACGCGAAAGACUAGGGUAGUUUGUGCGUGCGAGUGCUAAGUGCAAUGCUUUUUGUGCAUCCUUUCCGGUCAAUACAAGUGGCUCAACGGAAGUAAAACAAAACCUAGCGCCAAGAACUGCUGUUCCCUUAUCUUGCUUUUGUUUCCGUUUCCUUUGGAUUAUGACAUUUUAUGUGCAUUUUACUCUGUAAACUAUGUGUCUAUUGCUAGUACGUUAACGUUUGAUUUUUUAUUUCUUUUGUUCGCCCUCUCAAUCAAAGAGGGGGUUUAUUUUGUUGUAACUUUUGAUUGAGAAUUAUAUAAAUAUGUGUUUAUGUAGAGUGAUUCGGUAUCUUGCGGUUGUAAAUUUCUAUUCAUAAAGGAUUGCUAUAGUUUAAAACGGUUAGCAUAGAGAAAAUCGUAAGAGGCGCAACCAGGCGAAUAAUGUUGAAUACAUACACCGAAAAGUAAAGCAAACGCAAAAGAAAUCCAUCUGUCCAUGCAUGUCCUUAAUCUCACAUCUUGUUCUGUUCCACGUGGUUUACUCCAUGUUUCGCAUAAGUCAGCGCGCCCGUAAAAGCCCCCAACUAGUACCAGGGGCUAGUGUGAGAGCUUUUGCCCCCCUAUAGGUCUCUCCCAGGUCGUAACGGACUGGCUGGACAAGCUUUGCUUUCCAUUCGCCGGAAGCAAUACCCUUGCGGAGUGAGGGAUAUCGGUGCUCCGAAUGAUCUGGAUGCCGUUUUGGCAAGCUAAGCAAACGGAAUGAAAUGGACAAAAAGUAGAACACCCCUAUCAAACUACACCUGCAGUAAGGCACAGAUCCGACCGGGCUUUCUCUUCAUGCUAUCAUUGCUAUCAUUGCUGUGACAUCAUUACACCUGCGAUCACACGAAAUUACUCAACUCGGCAGUAUUCUCUCCUAGGCAUUAAUCGAACGUACGAGCUUCUUGAUGCUGCGAGACCGUCGGUUGUUGAACACCGUUGUAAUUAGCUAUAUUAAGGAGCAACCAGGACCGGAACCCAAGAUUAGAGGAGGUUUCACCUACGACCCGUGUUAACUAUGCUAGACAAAUUCCCUUCCCAGCGGGCUCAGGUGAAUAGAGUAAAACGAAGUAAAUUGUACCCGGUGGCCCGAUUCGUUUCAUCGCAUUAUCCAGCACUUUUCUCACAGCAUCCAAGAUAGGAAAAUUGCAAUGAAGGGCGUAUUGUAUAACUCUAGGAGGUUCGUGGUAAGAAGGCGGUUAUUACGGCAUUUGAGGCGUUGAGCAGGGUAGAGUUUGAAAAUGAAACAUUAUUAAAUCUAGCUAAAACAAUACAAAAACAAAA